GUCUUUGUCUGUAAUCAUGGCGUCCCUUCCACCGCCAACAUCAAAGAACCCCAGGCCGCCAAAGGUCAAAAAUAAGAAUGCCGCCCCCAUUCAGAUCACAGCUGAACAGAUCCUACGUGAGGCUCACGAUCGUCGCUUGGAACCAGCCCACUCGGUUCCUAAGCAGAAGAUUGGUGACCUCGAAGAACUUUCGGAAUUGCGUCAACGAAAACGUAAAGAAUUCGAAGAUCAGAUCCGUAAGAAUCGACUCAACAUGUCAAGUUGGUUGAAAUACGCCACUUGGGAAGAAAGUCAAUUGGAAUUCGACCGUGCGAGAUCCGUAUUUGAACGUGCGUUGGAUGUCGAUAGUCGAAAUGUGGCUAUAUGGCUGCGCUACACCGAGAUGGAAAUGAAGAACCGAAAUAUUAACUAUGCUAGAAACUUGUUCGAUCGUGCCGUCACCAUGCUUCCUCGCGUUGACCAGUUCUGGUACAAAUACACUUAUAUGGAGGAAAUGUUGGGCGACGUUCCAAAAGCUCGCGGAGUCUUUGAGCGCUGGAUGCAGUGGGAACCGGAAGAGAAUGCCUGGAACGCCUAUAUCAAGAUGGAGAAGCGGUACAAGGAGAUUGAACGUGCUCGUGCUAUUUAUGGCCGCUUUGUGAGCAUUCAUCCUGAGCCCAAGAACUGGCUUAAAUGGGCCCGUUUUGAAGAAGAACAGAAUGAUUUAGAAAAAGCGCGAGAAAUCUACUCUCAGGCUAUCGAAUUCUUGGGAGAGGAGCACAUUGACCAAAAGGUUCUUGUUGCGUUUGCCAAAUUUGAGAUUAAGUUGAAGGAGUUCGACCGUGCACGUGUCAUCUUCAACUAUGGUCUUGAGCGUCUGCCAAAAUCCAAGUCGGAAUCUCUUUAUAACCAAUACACAUUGUUUGAAAAGCAAUAUGGAACGAGAGAAGGCAUAGAAGGAGUUGUCAUUGGCAAAAGACGAGUGCGUUACGAAGAAGAAAUUGAAGCGAAUUCUAAAAACUACGAUGUUUGGUUCGACUAUGCACGGCUAGAAGAGGACAAUGGCGAUGUUGAUCGAGUAAGAGAUGUUUACGAGCGAGCUAUAGCACAAGUGCCACCAGCUGAGGAAAAGCGAUACUGGCGAAGGUAUAUCUAUCUUUGGAUAAACUAUGCGUUAUAUGAAGAGCUCGAAACUAGGGAUUACGACAGAACCCGUCAAAUAUAUAGCGAAUGCAUCAACUUGAUACCACACAAAAAAUUCACUUUUGCAAAAAUAUGGCUUCUCUAUGCACAGUUUGAAGUUCGCCGCUUAGACAUCACCACGGCGAGAAAGAUCUUGGGUCGCGCUAUCGGCAUGUGCCCCAAGGACCGACUUUUCAAAGGCUAUAUUGAACUUGAGAUGCAACUUCGCGAAUUUGACCGAUGUCGUACACUUUAUACGAAGUUCUUGGAAUAUAACCCUGCCAACUGCACUGCCUGGAUCAAGUUCGCCGAAGUUGAACGGUUACUGGGAGAAUACGAGAGAUGCCGUGCUAUCUUUGAACUGGCCGUCAAUCAGCCUGUUUUGGAUAUGCCAGAAAUCCUUUGGAAAGCGUAUAUUGACUUUGAGUUCAACGAAGAAGAAUAUGAACGCACUAGAUUGUUAUACGAGCGCCUCUUGGAGCGAACGACCCAUGUCAAGGUGUACGUCAGUUAUGCACAGUUCGAGCUCUCGGUUGAAGAAGGCGAUGAAGGUGAUAAUGUUGUACGAGCUCGAAAAGUGUUUGAGAAUGCUUACAAGAGCAUGAAGGAGAAGGAGUUGAAGGAAGAGCGUGUCAUCUUACUAGAAUCAUGGAAGGACUUUGAAGAGAACCAUGGUACAGACGAAACAAUGGAGGCUGUCAAGAGCAAAAUGCCACGCACUGUCAAGCGAUCAAAGAAAAGAAAGACCGACGAUGGCGAAGGAGAAGACAAUGUGGUUUACGAAGAGUACUACGAUUACAUCUUCCCUGACGAUGAGACUCAGAAACCCAACCUCAAGUUGCUGCAAAUGGCUGCAGCUUGGCGUAUGGCUCAACAAAAUAACACUACAGAUAGUGUAACAGAGAACCAGGAUAAUGAGACGGCUGAAGAUUAAUAAUGGCUGUCCAAUUCCUUCUGUAGCAGGAUCUAGACCUAUAGUCGGGUAAUAAAAACAAAACCAAAUCUUUUUUCAAAUCCAUUA